ACGAGAAAAUGUGUUCGGAUUAGUAGUUACAGCUGGUGAGGAGGAAACCGAGCAGUAUGGAAGAUAUUUCGUCUUUAUAGUUAAUAUCGACGUUAUUUUCUGGGGAAAAUAUAUAUAUUGAGCACUCGAAGUGUUGAAUUUGUUCUAUGUGAAGUGGCUUUGUCUUGUGGAAGAUGGACUGGGGUGUGUGUAGCAGGGCCCUGGUAUGGUGCAUUUAUUACACAGGGCUGUUCAGUUCCCUGCUAUUAGUGGGCCACUGCAGUCGCAACAGCGUCUCCCUGCCUGAGAGUUUACUCUUUGUUUCCACUCUGGAUGGAAACCUGCACGCCGUCAGCAAGAACUCCGGCUCUAUUAAGUGGACGCUUAAAGAAGAUCCUGUUCUUCAGGUCCCAACCCAUGUGGCUGAGCCUGCGUUUCUGCCUGACCCUAAUGAUGGAAGCCUGUACUCACUAGGAGGGAAGAACAAUGAGGGACUGACGAAACUGCCCUUCACCAUUCCCGAGCUGGUCCAGGCUUCCCCUUGCCGCAGUUCUGAUGGAAUCCUUUACAUGGGUAAAAAACAGGACGUGUGGUAUGUGGUAGAUCUGCUGACAGGAGAAAAGCAGCAGACUCUCACCUCCUCUUUUGCUGAGACACUGUGCUCCUCAUCAUCGCUACUUUACCUAGGUCGCACAGAGUACACCAUCACCAUGUACGACACCAAGAGCCGAGAACUGCGGUGGAAUGCCACGUACUCUGAUUAUGCUUCUACACUUCCAGAUGACGACACCAAAUACAAGAUGGCCCACUUUGUUUCCAAUGGCGAUGGCCUGGUGGUGACCGUAGACAGCGAGACGGGCGCAGUGCAGUGGGUGCAGAACUACGACUCCCCCGUAGUGGCUAUGUACAUGUGGCAGCGUGAGGGCCUGCGCAAGGUGCCACACACCAACGUAGCCGUGGAGACACUGCGCUACCUCACCUUCACCUCAGGUCAGGUGGGACGCAUCACGCAGUGGAAGUAUCCUUUCCCUCAAGAGAGGAAGCUCGAGGACAAACUCAUGUCCACCCUCUACGUGGGAAAGUACUCCACAAGCCUAUAUGCCUCUCCCUCUCUGGUGCAUGAUGGCGUUACUGUUGUGCCACGUGGUAGCACUUUCCCAAUGUUGGAGGGUCCUGGUAGCCAGGAGGGCAAUGUGGAGGAGGACCAAGAGUGUGUCAUCACUCCCAGCACCAGCGUCAAAUUCACUGCAGCCCUGAAGGAGCAGAACUGGAUCAACUACAUGAAGAACUAUAUCCUACUUAUAGGUCAUCAUGAGACACCACCUGAGGCUCAUAAGAAGAUUCUGGAAAAAUUUCCUGAAGGUUUUCCUCGUCAGCACAGCAACGUUAUCCCUCCUGCCACGGAGCAAACUAUUGAAGAGAAGGUGAAUGACAGCGGGAUGGAGGAUAACAGCCCCUUGCCCCCUCCUGUCCAUUCUCUCCAAGAGAAGCAAACCCGCCCACCUCGCCCUGAAGCACCUGUGGACUCCAUGCUCAAAGACAUGGCCACCAUUAUCUUCAGCACUUUCCUCCUGGCUGGCUGGGUAGCCUUUAUCAUCACUUACCCCAAGAGCAUGCAGAAGCAACAGCAGCUGCAGCACCAACAAUUUCAGCGGCAAAUGGAGGAGAAGUUGGAGCUCAUACAGAGACAGCAGCUGCUCUUCCAGCCACCCGGCGACCUGCUGCCUGACGGUGACUUCCUGGAGGUGGCACGUGGCCGUGCUGAGAGCUCCGGCCAAAGCAGCGCUAACGCCACGCCACGCGCUUCCAAUCACUCCAACCUGUCUCAUUCUGAACCAGGGCCUUCUGCAGCUGAGCAUGAGGAUGGAGAGGACGAGUCCCACGUUGUUCGAGUUGGAAACAUCACCUUUAAUCCCAGGAAUGUUCUGGGACAUGGUGCCGAGGGCACCAUCGUAUACAGAGGUCAUUUUGAUAACCGGCAGGUAGCAGUGAAGAGAAUUCUCCCAGAAUGCUUCAGCUUUGCGGACCGGGAGGUGCAGUUGCUGCGCGAGUCGGACGAGCACCCCAACGUCAUCCGCUACUUUUGCACGGAGCGUGACCGCCAGUUCCAGUACAUCGCUAUCGAGCUGUGUAGCGCCACUCUGCAGGAGUAUGUAGAGCAGAAGGAUUUUGAUCGCCAUGGGCUGGAACCAGUGACCUUGCUACAGCAAACCAUGUCUGGCCUGGCACAUCUGCAUUCACUCAAUAUAGUUCACAGAGAUUUGAAGCCCCACAACAUCCUGGUAUCUAUGCCAAAUGCCCAUGGGCGUGUUCGUGCCAUGAUCUCGGACUUUGGCCUGUGUAAGAAGCUGGCUGCAGGCAGACACAGUUUCAGCAGGCGGUCUGGUGUUCCUGGCACCGAGGGAUGGAUAGCACCUGAAGUGCUUAGCGAAGAUGCCAAGCAGAACCCGACGUGCAAAGUGGACAUCUUUUCUGCUGGGUGCGUGUUUUACUACGUGGUGUCGCAGGGCUGUCAUCCAUUUGGAAAGUCCCUACAGCGGCAAGCCAACAUUCUCCUGGGAGUCUGUUCACUGGACUACUUACAGCCAGACAAACAUGAAGGUAUUGUGGCCAUGAACCUGAUCGAGCAGAUGCUGAGCGUGGAGCCCGAGAAGAGGCCGUCAGCAGAACAAGUGCUCAAACAUCCCUUUUUCUGGAUCCUUGAAAAACAGCUACAGUUCUUCCAGGACGUGAGUGACCGGAUAGAGAAGGAGCCACUAGAUGGAAUGAUCGUGAGGCAGUUGGAAAGAGGAGGGCGGGCCGUGGUGAAAGGAGACUGGAGGGAACAUAUCACUGUGCCUUUACAAACAGAUCUCCGCAAGUUUCGCUCCUACAAAGGCGGCUCUGUUCGAGAUCUUUUGCGGGCCAUGAGAAACAAGAAGCACCAUUACCGUGAAUUACCCGAGGAGGUUCAGGAGACACUGGGCUCAAUUCCAGAUGACUUUAUCUCCUACUUCACGUCCCGCUUUCCUCAACUGCUGCUCCACACACACGGGGCCAUGCGCUUGUGUGCCCACGAGCGUUCAUUUCUGCCCUACUACCACAUCUUAGAGUUGCCUUCACGGACCAUUAACACACAGCCUGAGGCCAAACCCCCAGAGCCAAUUCAAAAGGACUCCUCUUCAUUCAUACAUUCAGAACUGCCAUUAGACCCAGAUUUUUCCCCACCGUUAGAUUCUCCAAUAUUACCUGAAUGCACUGAACAUGUGCAACAGGAGCAAAAUGCCUUCUCCGUUCCAUCCAGCCAAGAAGAUGCCGUGCUGUAAAAGAACAGGAUUGGUUUUGCUAUUCUGAAUGGACACCUCUCUCUGAGUUGGUACAGUCCAGGCCUGCAGUGCCUGAGCUGUGUUACUUGCAUGAGGUGCCAUCCCACAUCAAAGUGCCUUACCUGUUUAAGACAAAAUGGUACUUUUCCGAACUGCCUAGUUCCUGGUGAAGCUAGACUAAUCUGGAUUCAAUCCUGUUUUUUUGGACCAUGGUAUUAUAAUAAACUGAAAAGGUUUUGUUUUGUUUUUUUUCUCAAAUAAUUCUUUUUGUAAAGGCUGAAAACUGUGAUGCUUGCAUACGCAUGAGGUAAGGACUAUUUGUAUUCAACUCUUGAGUUGUCAAGAGUUAUUCUGCUGUGCAAUGUCAGUGAUGCUCAGUCAAGAGAUUAUGCUGUUAAAUAUAUAUUUUUGUACGUAUCUUGAAUGGUGAUAAAUCCGUCUAUGUGGCCAGUGUGCCUUUUUUAAAAAAACUGUUCUCUGUCUUGGCUGUGUGACGUUGGGGGAGAUAAUUGUUCCUGCCUGUUGCUAUGCUGCUGCUGACCUCAGUUGUAUCCAAAGGGAACUGGAAUAUUCAGAUUAUUUUACGCAUUUCCAUUUUUCUCAUCAUGGCUUGUCGGGUGACAUUUGCAAAUUGUUGUACAGUUUGACAUAUUACAUAUUUGAUAUGAACAUAAAUCAAAUGUAUUUUUUAAUUUUAUCUAUGGAAUUAACAUUUUAGACAAGUUUUAAUAGGUGACGUUACAAAAACAAUGAUCAGGCCUGAAGACUAUAGAUCAGAUUAGUUCUCAUUCUCUCCCCUGCCCCUGAAUGUAUGCACACUUGGGCCAAUUUCAAGCACAUUAAAUUAAUUCAGGUCCAAUAUUAAUUGUAGACCACAUUAUCCCGGUUUUAUUGCAUUAAAUGGGAACAGUAGCCACACUUAACUUUAUAUGUAUAAAUAUUUUGUUUAUGCCCUCAUAGAGGUAUAUUAAUUUAUUUAAUUUUCUUUUUUCACCAGUUGAAAAAUUCCAUGAUUUAAUCCUUUUUUUUUUUUUUAAUUGUUGUUAAAAGCUGCUAUUGUAUAAUGCUAAACU